UCUUCGACAUUAAAGGAGUAAAAUUGGGUUUGCGGUUUAGCGGCAAAUUUGUGCGUGAAGAGAAAAAGUAAUCUAAAAGUUAAAGAUUAUAGCCUAAUCAUGGGUAGAAGAAAGUCUACAAAAUCACCUUCAAAGGAAUCAGAAGAGUUGGAAAUUGCGGGUGAUGAAAGUCCUAUAGCUCUUGUGCAGAUGACUUUACGACAGAGACUAUCACAGUUUUCUAGUCCAUUAUCUAUAACAGGAUUAGAAAAGGAAAAAAAACAACUAUAUGAUCUGAUACACAGAACAUCUACCACCGGUGAAAGUAAUUCUGUUUUAGUUAUUGGACCUCGAGGUGCUGGCAAGUCAAUGUUGUUAAAAACAGUUCUCAGUGAGUUGGGUGCAGAAAAAGAUUUCAAACAGAAUUUACUUCAAGUUCAUUUAAAUGGUUUAUUACAGACAGAUGAUAGAAUCGCAUUAAAAGAAAUAACUAGACAAUUACAACUAGAAAAUACAGUUGGUGAUAGAGUCUUUGGAUCAUUUUCUGAAAAUUUACAGUUUCUGCUUGAUGCUUUAAAAUCUGGUGGCCAGAAAAGUAAACCUGUGUUAUUUAUCCUGGAUGAGUUUGAUCUGUUUGCCCACCAUAGAAACCAGACAUUAUUAUAUAAUCUGUUUGAUAUAUCACAGUCAGCCCAGACACCUGUCUGUGUUAUAGGCGUAACUUGUAGAUUGGAUGUGAUAGAGUUGUUAGAGAAAAGAGUAAAAUCACGAUUCUCUCAUCGUCAGAUACAUGUUUUUAACGCUCUAUCGUAUAAAGAUUAUUGUACAGUUUGUAGAAAUCUACUCAGUUUAUCUGAUCAGUUUCCAGACAAAACAUUUGCCAAAACCUGGAAUCAUCAUAUUAAAGAAUUAUUACAAGAUAGUGUAGUUGAAGAAGUUUUAUUUCGUCAGUAUAAUUUAAAUAAAGAUGUAAGAGGACUUAAGACAUUACUGGUACAGCCUAUAUGUCAAUUAUCACCAGUGAAUCCUAUAUUAACAACAUCAGCUAUUGUAGAUGCUUUUAAACUUAUAGCUACAGACUCAAAGGCAGCUAUGUUACAUGGUAUAUCUAUAUUGGAGCUGUGUUUAAUUAUAGCGAUGAAACAUUUAUCUGAUAUAUAUGAAGGAGAACCAUUUAAUUUUGAAAUGGUUUACAGUGAAUAUAUGAAGUUUGCAAAAAGGAAAUCAGGCAUGCAGAUAUUUGAAAAACCUGUCGUCCUAAAGGCUUUUGAACAUCUAAUGGCUUUAGAAUUAAUAAAGACAAUUGAUAAUGGUGGAACAAGAAUACAGAAAGAAUAUCGACUAAUGUCUUUAUUGAUACACCCCACACAGAUAACAGAUGCCUUACAGAAAUAUCCCAAUUGUCCGACUGAAGUUAAACAAUGGGCUACAAGUGCUCUUGCAUAAUUUCUUUAAUCUAUAACCAUACAGGCAUUUUAAUUUGUAAAUAAAUAUUUGUGCACCAUA